AUGAAGCUGGAAAACCAGACCAGAGUGCAGGAGUUUAUUCUCCUUGGUUUCCCCACUGCCAUAGAAUUUCAAAUACUGCUCUUUGUAAUUUUCCUUGUUAUCUACAUCCUGACCCUUCUCGAGAACAUUGUGAUCAUCACUCUGAUCAGGACAAACAGCCAUCUCCAAAAACCUAUGUACUUUUUCCUUAGCCACCUGUCUUUCCUGGAGACCUGGUACAUUUCUGUGACUGUUCCCAAGCUCCUGGUUAACUUCCUAGCAAAGAACAAAAGCAUUUCCUUUGAAGGCUGCAUGUCCCAGCUCUACUUUUUCAUAUCCCUAGUCUGCACCGAGUGUGUCCUCUUGGCUGUCAUGGCUUAUGAUCGCUACAUCGCCAUUUGCAACCCACUGCGCUACCCAGUCAUUAUGAAUUCCCGGCUCUGUUUGCAGUUAGCUGUGGGAUCUUGGCUUGCUGGUUUCCUAAUCUCAAUGCUGAAAGUCUUCUUCAUUUCCCGCUUGAGUUUCUGUGGACCCAACAUCAUCAACCAUUUCUUCUGUGACAUCUCACCUUUGCUGAACCUCUCCUGCACGGACCGAACUGUGGCUGAGAUGGUGGAUUUUGUAUUUGCCCUCCUUAUCCUCAUAAUCCCACUGUCUGUCACUAUUGGCUCCUAUGUGUGCAUAAUAGGCACGAUUUUGCGUAUCCCCACAGCCAAGGGGAAAAGAAAAGCCUUUUCUACCUGUGCGUCACACCUCACUGUGGUUAUUAUUUUCUACUCAGCCACUCUCUUCAUGUAUGCCCGACCAAGAAGAAUCCAUUCUUUUAAUCUCAAUAAGCUCGUGUCCAUUGUAUACACUAUUGUCACCCCCAUGUUGAAUCCAUGCAUUUACUGCCUCAGGAAUCAAGAUGUGAAGGAAGCCAUGAAAAAGAUAAUUUGUAGCAGGAAUGCUGAAACCACGAUUACCACUAGUGACCAAUCCAUGGACCAUAAGAAUAGGAGUGUUGUCCAGGAAUUCAUCCUACUUGGAUUUCCAACCACAAUGGAACUGCAAGUGCUUCUGUUUGUGAUAUUCCUUGUGGCCUACAUCCUGACACUCCUGGAAAACACAAUUAUCAUUGUUGUGAUCAAAAUCAACCCUCAGCUUAACAAACCUAUGUAUUUCUUCCUCAGCAACCUCUCCUUCCUGGAGACGUGGUACAUCUGUGUUAUUGUCCCAAAACUAUUGGUCAACUGCCUGGUGGAAGACAAGUCUAUCUCAUUUGAAGGUUGCAUGACACAGCUCUACUUUUUCAGCUCUCUCAUAUGUACAGAGUGUAUCCUUCUUGCUGUAAUGGCAUAUGAUAGAUAUGUGGCCAUCUGCAAUCCAUUGCGCUAUCCAACCAUCAUGACCCAGCGCCUUUGCUUGCAGUUAGCUGUGGGUUCGUGGCUAACUGGCUUCUUCGCCUCAAUGCUGAAGGUUGUAUUUAUAUCUCGCCUAGCCUUUUGUGGCCCUAACAUCAUCAAUCACUUCUUCUGUGACAUUUCACCUUUGCUAAAUAUGGCAUGUGAGGAUAUGACAGUGGCUGAAAUAGUGGACUUUGUCUUGGCAUUGAUAAUUCUGCUGGUCCCACUCUCAGUUACAAUAGUUUCCUAUGUGUGUAUCAUUGGUACCAUUUUGCGUAUCCCAACUGUCCAAGGCAGGAAGAAGGCCUUCUCUACUUGUGCUGCUCACCUCACUGUGGUCACCAUCUUCUUCUCAGCCACUCUCUUCAUGUAUGCAAGACCAAAGAGGAUCCACCCUUUUGACCUAAACAAAUUGGUUUCUGUCAUUUACACCAUUGUCACUCCAAUGCUGAACCCAUUCAUUUACUGUCUGAGAAAUCAAGAGGUCAAAGGAGCUUUAAGAAAAUCUUUGGGGGGAACAAAAAUAAUUGUUUUAUGUGUGUUUUGUGAGAUUUGGAGAAACUUUCCCCCAAUCCAACUGGGAGGCAUAGAUAAUUUAUGCAUGGGUCAGGGCAAAAAGUCCUAA